GGAAAACGAGUACCCAUUUUUUCACGACAGGGUUUAUACGAAAUAGAGUWGGUGAGGGCGACAUCGAGUUUCAGAUCCACGGAAUUGAAGGCUUUUGCUUUAAAAAGGGUUAAUAUGAUAAUCAUUUUUCAUUGGGACUUAUCCUGAAGAUUGAAGAAGAAAUAUCAAGAGGCAACUAUUGAAAGAGGUUAACAGUAAUGGCGGACUAUCACUUUGUAUACAAAGAUGUUGAAGGAGCAUCAACACAAUGGGAUGAUAUUCAAAGAAAGCUCGGAAAUUUGCCUCCCAAACCUCCAGCCUUCAAACCCGAUCCUUUUGCUCCUGCUGAAGACGAAGAUUCGAAACCUAAAAACAAAACUUGGAUCGAUAACAAGACUGAAGAGGAACUCGAAGAUCUAGAAGAUGAUCUGGAUGACGAUCGAUUCCUAGAAGAAUACAGGAGAAAGAGGUUAGUAGAGAUGAAGCAAAUGGURAAAAUUGCAAAGUUUGGUUCAGUCGUACCAAUAUCUGGAUCAGAUUUUGUGCGUGAGGUAUCACAAGCUCCAACAGAUGUGUGGGUGGUUGUUAUUUUAUACAAAGACGGGUACCCUGAAUGUGGAUUACUGAUGCAAUGUCUGGAAGAACUUGCAACAAUGUAUCCGGCGACAAAAUUUGUUAAAAUUAUAUCGACCGACUGCAUUCCUAAUUAUCCAGAUUGUAAUCUUCCCACUUUGUUGGUUUACAAUAAUGGUGCUGUGAAGGCAAAUUAYGUAGGUUUACAUACUUUUGGUCGUAGAUGCACUCCAGAAGGUGUUGCUCUGAUUCUGUGCCAGUCGGAUCCGGUUCUUAACGAUGGUCAGAGUGAAGGUGAGGCUUCUAGAGAAGCUGUUCUUGAAGGAGUUAGAAAAAGAUUUAUAGAGAAGGUAAUAACACAUCAUGAAAAYGAUGAUGAUGAUGGGUCUUCAAGUGAGUAGUAUAGGUUUCUUUGGUUGGUAUACAUGAUCUGAGUUUUGUUUCCUUAUCAUCAAGUUUGGCUUUCUAUAUGCUGUUCUGCAACUGCUCUUCAAACUCCUUUUUCUUUUGUAAUCUUUUCAGUUGUAAUUUGUAUUUUUAAAUUA